AUGUGGAUUGUCAACUGGUUCUACGAUAUCCUUUCGUCGCUCGGCCUGGUGACGAAAAGCGCUAAAUUGCUCUUCCUCGGUCUGGACAAUGCCGGAAAGACAACGCUUCUGCACAUGCUGAAGAACGACCGUGUCGCCGUUCUCCAGCCCACCGCACACCCCACCUCCGAGGAGCUCGCCAUCGGCAACAACCGCUUCACCACCUUCGAUCUGGGUGGUCACCAGCAGGCCCGCCGCCUCUGGAAGGAUUACUUCCCCGAAGUAUCAGGAAUUGUUUUCCUGUGCGAUGCGACCGAUGUCGAGCGUUUCGCCGAGUCCAAGGUCGAGCUGGACGCCCUUCUGGCCAUGGAGGACCUAGCGAAAGUUCCUUUCCUGGUCCUCGGAAACAAGAUCGACCACCCCAAUGCCGUCAGCGAGGAUGAGCUGCGCCACCAGCUUGGUCUGUACCAGACUACUGGCAAGGGCAAGGUCCCUCUCGAGGGCAUCCGGCCCAUCGAGGUCUUCAUGUGCAGUGUUGUGAUGCGACAGGGUGAGUUUUCCCUCCGACAUUGCGCUCUAGCCCAGCCCAGCCCAUACAAGUGGGCUGUGGUGAUUGAAGAAUGCACUCUAGCAGACUUCAGACUGGAUGGUCUUGGCUAA